AUGAGAUUUUCGAACCAUCAAAAGAAAUUGAAGAAGAGAUAUUUUAAUCAAACAAAGAAUUUAAAUUUUGGAAAAACUAACUUUCAAUUUAUUGCUAAUUUCCUUAAAAACAUUCGUGAACAUAAAUUUAAUCAAAUUGACUAUUCAGAAAAAAGUUAUUAAUAAAUCAACUAAGGUCUCACUAAGAAAAUAUUAAACAGAAAUAUUGUUCAUUUCCUAUUAUUCUUAAUUCGCCUAACAGCAAAUGAUAAUUAAUUUAUCUAAAGUGGAUCAAAUUCACUUAAUUUAUUAGUUACUCUCCUGAUGGCAAUAUAUUUGCAUCUAGUAGUUAAGAUUACUCUAUCCGUCUAUGGAGUAUUAAGAAAGGAAAAUAAAAAGCAACAUUGAAUGGUCAUACUAGUACAAUAUAAUCAGUAUGCUUCUCUCCUGAUGGUAGGAUUUUAGCAUCUGGUGGUUUAGAUAGUAUUAUUCGUUUGUGGGACGUUAAGAAAAAAAAAAAAAAGCUAAAUUGGAAGGUCACAUUAAAAUGAUUAACAAAGUAUGUUUUUCUCCUGAUGGUACUAAAUUAGCAUCUGAUAGUUCUGAGUCUCUCCGUUUAUGGGAUGUUUAGACAGGAUAGUAAAAAGCAAAAUUUGAUAAUCAGAAACUAUAUUAAUUCUCCCCUGAUGGUAGUACAUUAGCAUCUGUUGGAAAUAACUUUAUUGCUUUUAUUGAUGUUAAGACAGGAUAGUUAAAAACCAAAUUGGAUAAUCAGAAACCACAAUGUUUCUCUCCUGAUAGUAAUACAUUCGCAUCUGAUAGUGCUGAUAAAUCUCUUCAAUUAUGGGAUGUUUAGACAGGAUAAUUAAAAGCUAAAUUGGAUAGUUAAGCACCAUGUUGCUUUUCUCCCGAUAGUGCUAUAUUUGCAUCUUGUAAAUAAACUUAGUUGAUAAUUUUCUGGGAUCUUAAAAAAGGAGAAUAAAAAUAAGAAUUGAAUUUGGCGACUAGGAUUGACAAAGUUUAGUUCUCUCCUGAUGGUACUACAUUAUUAACUGCUUGCUUUAAAACUGUUUUUUUAUUGGAUGUUAAAAAAGUAGAUAUGUACCUAACGAGAAAUCAUAUGAGUGCUGUCAAAUCAGUAUGCUUCUCUCCCAAUGGUACUAAAUUAGCAUCGGGUUGUAUGGGAGGGACAAUUUGUUAAUGGGAUGUUGAGACAGGUAUGUUAGAUGCCAGAAUAACUCGUCAUACUAAUUGUAUAACUUCAGUAUGCUACUCUCCUGAUGGUAAUACAUUAGCGUCUGGUAGUGGAGAUUAAACUAUUUGUCUAUGGAAUGUUCAAGUAAUGGAAUUCAAAGCCUAAUUUUGUGGUCAUAGUGAAAGAAUCUGGUAAGUAUGCUUCUCUCCUGAUGGUGCUACAUUAGCAUCUUGUAGUGAAGAUUAGACUGUACGUUUAUGGAAUGUUAAGACUGGAUAAGAAAAACUCAAAUUGGAAGGUAAGAAUGGAAUAAUUUAUUCUGUUUGUUUCUCUCCUGAUGGCACUACCUUAACAUAUUGUAAUGAUCAGUCUAUCAUGUUAUGGGAUCUUAAAGCAGGAAAAUAAAAGGGUUAACUAAAUGUAAAAUACUCAUGAAUCUAUAUCAUAAUGCUACUCUUCUGAUGGUAUUUUGUUAGCAUCAGGUGAUGCAAAUAAUACUAUCUCUAUAUGGGAAGUUAAGACAGGAUUGAUAAAAGCCAAAAUAAUAGGUCAUACAAAGUUUAUAUUCUAAAUCUACUUCUCUCCUGAUUGUACUACAUUAGCAUCAGCUAGUGUGGAUAAUUCUGUCCGUUUAUGGGAUGUUAAGACAGGAUAAUAAAAAGCCAUACUAGAUGGUCAUACUGAUGCGGUCUUCUCGGUCUGUUUUUCUUCUGAUGGUACUAAAUUAGCAUCUGCUAGUGGAGAUAAAUCUAUUCGUAUAUGGAAUAUUAAGAAAGAAUAGAAGAAUUAAUUGGAUGGUCAAACUAAAGAAAUCCUAUCAGCAUGCUUCUCUCCUUAUGGUACUACAUUAGCAACGAGUAAGGGAGAUAAGUCUAUCCGUCCUGUUAAAAAAGGAAAUGAAAUUGCAACUUCGGAUAGUCAUUAUAAAGGGAUUUUAGAAAAAUUUAAAAAGCCAAUGUUUAAAACUAAUCUCCACCUAGAAGUGGGUAUUAAAUUAUAUUCUAAAUUAAGUUAACCCUAAGAUUCCAGUUCGAAUUAUAGCUCCAUAUCCAUAUUUAUUAGCAAAUUGA